AUGACAAAUUCUUUAAGAUCUGUAAUGCAACAACCAUGUUCGAGUUCUAACUUCGGUAUAAAUGAGGGUGCAUCUACAUCAUACAAACCGGAGAGAUGCAGUGUAGGAACAUCAACAUCAGUUGCGAGUCAUAGAAAAGCGUUUACUGAGCUAAGCCCAUUACAGAAGAGAAGAAGAGUGGACGAUCUCAAAAAGCACAGCAUUGAAAGCCUUGCUUAUGCAACUGGCUUAAGUGCAGACAACAAGAAUGUACCAGAUAUAAUAAAAUUGGUCACAGAGCAUACUGAAGAGGCUACAAAGAUAAAGGAUUUAUUGAAGUCCAAGAAAACUUAUACAACAUUAAGAGCUUGUGCAAAAGAAGAAGGAAUACCACUAUAUCCUUCAUAUACAACUAUAUUAGAGAUGAAGGACUGCUACCCACCAAAAGGUGCCAUAGAAAUCACAGAAAGAGGGGUAAAAGUAAAGCUUCAAGUGAUUUUGGACAAAACUGUUGCUAGACUUGGUAAAUUCCUACGUUUGGAAUUUUCACUGGAUGGCAAAGAGCUAACACUAAUAUGCAAGUGGGGCUUUGAUGGUGCUUCAGGGCAAAGUUUGUACAAGCAAACUAUGACUGGUCAAGAUGAUUCCAGCAUUUUUAUGUGUUAUUUUGUGCCUCUACGCUUACUUUGUGGCGAAGAAAAGAUAUGGGAGAAUCCAAAGCCAUCUUCCACAAUGUUCUGCAGGCCACUCUAUUUCAUUUUUGUUAAUGAAAAUAAUUUGAAUAUUACGGAAGAACAGACUUUGGUUGAAGCUGAGAUUACAGCACUGGAACCGUCUAUUGUGGGAAGUCAUACUGUUAAACACUCAAUGCUUAUGACUGCGAUAGAUGGCAAAAUCACUUCGCAACUAUCAAAAACCUCAACGCAGACUUGUGACAUCUGUAAAGCUACACCUUCGGAAAUGAAUAAGUUAGAGAAGAUCUCAGAGAGUAUGGAGUGUCUACUCCAUAUUUCGUAUAGACUGGACUUCAAAACAUGGCAAGCCAGAGAUCCAAGCAGCAAAGACUCAUUGAAGGGUAAAAAACUAAUUAUACAGCAGAAGUUCCGUGAUGAAAUGGGCCUUCUAGUAGACAUUGUUAAGCAAGGCGUUAGCCAGGUAAUCGGCCAAAAGAACCUGGAAGAAGCGAAUAAAUUCUUCACAGUUUUAUUGAAUUUGAAGGAAAGUAACAGCAACAACUUUAAUCAAACGCAAAGCUUAAUUGACGUCUCUAAGGCCGUUAAAGUCAUAUAG